UGGCUCCGGAAUGAAAGCCCAUAUAUUAUAGCUAUAGCUACUCUUGGGACCGGGAUCAACGUACCAGGCAUUAUAUAUAUUAUUUACCUCGAAGCCCCGUAUAGCAUUAUUAACUAUACUCAAGAAGCUAGUUAUACUAGUCGGGCUGGGAAACGUAUUACGGCUAUAAUUAUUAUCGAGGAUAAGGACUGGCCGGCAGAAAACUCGAAGAAGGAUAGCUGCCUCGAGCUAAAAACACAUAAGGUAAAUAGCUUAAUCCGGAUAAAGGAUUAUCGGUAUAGUAUCCUCGGCCGGAGCUUGGACAACGACCUGCGGGACUAUAAAAGGAUCAAUACCGUCUUAUAUAAUAACUGCCAGCGGGAGGAACUACUCUGGAAAAGCAAGCUCUUCUCCCAAGGCUUGAUUAUAUCUCAGGUAUAUGGACGGAAGGUUGCCCGUAGGCUGGAACGGAUAGAAGCCGCACUCGAGGAGGUUAAGGAAUUAGGGCAGUAG